GAGGAAUUCUAGUAGGGAUGGGAUGAGGAUAGAGAGAGUGUCUUCUAUAGAAUUGGAGCCUAGAACUCUUACACUUGACCAGCUUCAAUAUGCAAGGGAGGCAGCAUUGUAUAUUCUUAGUACCAAGUCUUUAGAGGAAGCUGUUGGUAUUUUCACUGAGGGUUUGGAGCCGGUGCUAAGCCUUACAGAAAAAGGGAUGAUGCAUGAAGAAACGGAUGAGAUUAAUCACUUAUCUUCCGACAAUAUGAUGACUUCCUCUCUGGCUGAAGAAACAAGAGACAUUGCCUCUGCUCCUUUUUAACCAAAGCUUGUUUUCAAUCCUGUA